CAGGAGCAUGUUUUAAAAUCAGUGUAAACUAGCCAACGACCAGUGAACUUCCUAACACUUAUGGUACCUUAACACUUAACAAUAAAAGUAACUAAACUUUAUUUCUAUUGAGGAGUUUGCUUAAGAAGGUUAGAUAUGAAGGUAGACAUUAUUUGAAUACCAAUGUCUCAAAAUUGAAAAGUUGAGGCAACAUCGCCUUCUAGACAUGCAUGAUUAGGCCUACUUCGCGUGGUACCUGAGUUAUUACGCACAGUUCAGUGCAAAAGACUGCUUUGCGGCUAAAACCCUGCAUACAAGUGCGUUGGUAUUAGCAGCUGCAGAAAAUGCCAAACCGGAACGAAACAAGACUUUUUCUAUCUACAGAUGGAACCCAGACCAACCUGAUAACAAGCCCACAAUGCAAAACUACACAGUUGAUCUCAACAAAUGCGGUCCCAUGGUCCUUGACGCGCUAAUCAGGAUCAAAAGUUAUAUGGACCCAACCCUAACCUUCCGCAGAUCCUGCAGGGAGGGCAUCUGUGGAUCAUGCGCCAUGAACAUCGGUGGAGUGAACAAUUUGGCCUGCAUAUGUAAAAUAGACACGAGAUUGGACAAGCCAACCAAGAUCUACCCAUUGCCGCACAUGUAUGUGAUCAAGGAUCUGGUGCCAGACAUGAAUCACUUCUACAAGCAGUACCACUCAAUCCAGCCGUGGCUGCAGCGUAAUGUCGAGGGAAAGGGUACUCAAUCGUACCUACAGAGUCUCAACGAUCGCGAAAAACUGGAUGGUCUGUACGAGUGUAUUCUAUGCGCCUGCUGUUCCACAUCAUGUCCCUCCUACUGGUGGAAUGGCGCUAAGUUCUUGGGGCCUGCUACACUGAUGCAGGCCUACCGCUGGAUCAUAGAUUCGCGAGAUGAAGCUACGGAACAGCGACUGGGCAGACUCAAGGACUCGUACUCUGCCUUCCGUUGCCAUACCAUCAUGAAUUGCACAAUCGUCUGCCCCAAGGGUCUCAACCCAGGAAAGGCAAUAGCGGAGUUAAAAAAACUUCUGGUGGGAAUGGCCAAGAAGGAGGCCCCUGGAAUGAAUACAGCUGCUCUACAAAAGUAGCUGACAAAAAUUUUAAUUGUUUCGUUAAUAUAAUCGAUUUAAAGUCAGUCUAAAUGUGCAUAGAACAUAAUUCUUGUUAUUGCACAGCAAAGUAAAUUAUACAAUUUCAUUACAUUUAAACCUAACGUUAACCAAUACUACAUCAUUCAGUAAAAAUCAUUUACUUACUUUUAUCAAUAUUCGAAUAACAUUUCGUUUUUCCCAGAUAAAUGUAAACAUAAAGCUAUGUUUUCAAUGUUGUA